GUGAUUUUUUACAGAAGCUUGGAGUUCCGGAUAGCUGUCGGUCACAUGACGACUGUCCCCACCCCCUUUGUUCCAGUUUAUUUCAAUAAUGUAGAAGUGUUGCUGUACAUUUUGCUUUGGGCCGAAUCGUCGUUUUUCAAAAUAACUCAAUGGAGAUUUUAACGCUGGACAUAAUUGUAAUCCGAUAUGAAUGAGAUGUUAAGGCUUUAGGUGACCAUGCUUAGAUUUAAGUCUGUCUGCAAACACCCGCCACAAUGGUACAGUCAGAAGUUCACUUGGACCGCCAUAUAGUACUGCCUCAACUCCCCAGAUACCAGGCACAGAUUCUUGUUGGCCUGGUUGCUUUCUUUUGUUUUGGCAAUAGCUAUGAUGGCGACUUUGUCUUUGAUGAUUCUGAAGCUAUUGUCAAUAACAAGGACCUGAAGCCAGAAACUCCACUGAAUAGCAUUUGGGGAAAUGAUUUUUGGGGAAGUAACCUAAGCAGCAAUACCAGCCACAAGUCAUACCGACCACUAACUGUACUUACUUUUAGAUUUAACUACCUCUUUGCUGGUGGAUUGCACCCAAUUGGUUUUCAUGUGCUGAACAUUGCUCUUCACUGUGUUAUUUCUGUAUUAAUGAUUAAUGUGUUUGCAAUAUUGAUUGGCGGCCUUGCUUUUGAUGGAAAGGGGAAAAGGCUUAACCAGGCUCCAAAGGCAUCCUUUUUAGCUGCUUUGCUGUUUGCUGUGCAUCCAGUUCACACAGAAAGUGUUGCUGGAAUUGUCGGCAGAGCAGAUCUCUUAUGCGCCCUUUUCUUUCAGUUGUCCUUAAUCAGCUAUUGCAAAGCUUUUUAUGGAAGUAAUAAAGAAUACAAGUUUUCAAUACCAUGGAUACUUUUCAGCAUUCUAUUGUGUGCAGUGGCCAUGCUUUGCAAAGAGCAGGGCAUCACAGUGUUGGGUGUAAAUGCUGCAAUUGAUAUUCUUAUGAUCUGUAAAGUCAACAUCUUAGAACUGAACCAGAGGCUGUUUCAUAAAGGCAAAGCAUUAGAAAAUAAUGAAUUAUUAAAAAGAGGGUUCCUCGCAAGAAUGGGACUUCUAACGCUUGGGGGAUCAAGCCUGCUGUAUAUCAGGUGGAGGAUCAUGGGUACUGGACCCCCUGCCUUUACUGAAGUAGAUAACCCAGCCUCCUUUGCAGACACUAUACUUGAGCGAACUGUGAACUAUAAUUACUACUACUCUCUCAAUGCAUGGCUGCUGCUGUGUCCCUGGUGGCUGUGUUUUGAUUGGUCAAUGGGCUGUGUACCACUUAUUAAAUCAGUCAGUGACUGCAGGAUAAUCUCAGUGGUGGUUCUCUGGAUCUGCUUGAUUGGCUUAAUAAGCCAGGCAUUAUGCUCAGAGGACAGCCAUAAAAGAAGAACAGUCACAUUUGGACUUGUACUGCUGGUCGUCCCCUUUCUUCCUGCAAGCAAUUUGUUUUUCCGUGUGGGGUUUGUUAUAGCGGAGAGAGUCCUUUACCUUUCAAGCGCAGGAUACUGUAUAAUUGUUACAUAUGGAAUCGGCGGUUUGUGCUACCAGUUUAAAAACUACAAGAAAGUCCUGUGUGCUGCAGUCCUGGGUCUCUUGUGUAUGAAUGUGAUUCGCUGCAUGCUCCGCAGUAGCCAGUGGAGGUCUGAAGAACAACUUUUCAAAAGUGCUCUCUCUGUCUGUCCCCUUAAUGCGAAAGUUCAUUACAAUGUUGGCAAAAACCUAGCAGACCGGGGCAUUCAAACAUCUGCAAUUGAAUACUACAGGGAAGCUGUGAGGUUAAAUCCUCAGUAUGUUCAUGCCAUGAACAAUCUCGGAAACAUCUUAAAAGAAAGGAAUGAGUUGCUUGAAGCUGAGCAGUUACUUUCCAGAGCUGUGCAAAUACAACCUGACUUUGCUGCUGCCUGGAUGAAUUUGGGCAUUGUACAAAACAGCUUGAAAAAGUUUGAGGAAGCUGAAAAGAGCUACUGGAAUGCGAUUAAAUUCAGAAAAAAAUAUCCUGAUUGCUACUACAAUCUUGGCCGCCUAUAUGCAGACUUGAACCGGCAUGCGGAUGCUCUCAAUGCUUGGAGAAAUGCAACAGUUCUGAAACCUGAUCACAGUCUGGCUUGGAACAACAUGAUUAUACUGUUAGAUAAUACAGGUAACUUAGCCCAAGCUGAGAUGAUUGGCAAGGAAUCAUUAAAACUACUUCCUAAGGAUCACACCAUCAUGUUUUCCUUAGCCAACGUGCUUGGGAAAUUGCAGAAGUACAAGGAGUCUGAAGGCUUGUUUCUUACCGCACUGAAAAUCAACCCCCAUAUAGCUAGUUACCAUGGCAAUUUAGCUGUGCUCUACCAUCGCUGGGGAAAACUUGACUUGGCCAAGAAACACUAUGAGCUCUCUUUAAAACUUGACCCUGCGGCACCAGGGACCAAGGAGAACUACAACAUGCUAAGACGAAAACUGGAACAGCUGCAGAAGAAGGACACUGCUUGAUAACACAAUACCACACAACUAAUGCAUGACGCAAAUAAUUCAUUUUAGCUUUUUUUACUGUCUAUAAAGUUGUCAUUCUUAAAGAGAAUAAAAGAAAAAAAGAUUCCAAUCCAAGAGUUAUUUCACAGCUGUAUUGAGUGCUGAAUGACAAUAAAAACUGGAACAAAACUAUUGCAUUCUAUUCUAU